AUGGAGGGGGUAGAAGACUCCAUGGCAAGUGCCUCCAGGGUCGAUGGAGAGGCUUCCCAAGAUAUGGCCAACGUGGCAGUCACAACUCCCAUCCCUGGUGUGAUCACCGAUGAGGAGCAUAAUAUCCAACGGGGAGAGGGUCCCCAAGAUGUUCCUCCCUUGACCACCCCCGCAAUGGAUGAAGAAGACAAAUAUGAAUUUUUGAGCUACUCAAAUUACUUCUUCCUCGAGGAACAGAAUUACGUAAACACAUAUUUCGACGUGAAGAACGUUUUAAAAAACACCAACCCUACCUUAGCAAGUUUUUUCAAAUACAUCUCCCUCUUGUCUCACGUAAUCUACUUUGACCAAGUGGAAGAAAAAAAAAUACUAACGUCGAUCGAUGUGCAGAGCGUCACGCACAUUUUGUUAAAAAAUGAACAGAGUAAUAUAAACAGCUAUACAGUUGCUUACAGCUGUAUUGUCCUCCUUCUGGACGUGAUAAAGUUGAGUCCUCAUGCAGGUUUAAAAAACUAUGUCUACUGCCAGCUAGCCAAAAAUGCACAGAAAAUUGAAAACCUGUUCUUUCCCAUUUAUUCCUUCCAAAAGGGGAAACAUCGGGAUCAUUCCUACGUGGUUCGAAAAAAUGAAGCCAUCUUCAUAAGCGACUUCGUGACCCUAAACGUCAUUAACCUACUGAAUGGGGAAGACAAAUUGAACAGAACCUAUGGACUCCAACUUUGCCUCCUCUUUUGCCAACACUUUAGUGGAUGUAAUCAUCUUGUGAAUAUGAUUUUGAGGGUCAUUUUUAAAAAAAUAAAUUAUGAUGAAUUCGCUUUGGCGUUGCUCGUCCUCACACGGUGGACUCCUUUUCUCUCACACGACGUUCUGUACCACGUGGUGAGAGGCCUCUACCACAGUGCCAUGGGGCGAUCAAUUACAAGAAGGGAGAUCCCCACAGUUGGGAAGCAAACCACGUCUGCGCCUACAAAUCGGGAAGACCGCCCAGCGGGUGACACACAGACACAUACGGGGAGAUGCACCGAUGAAGAUGUGAGCCAAGCGAAAAAACAAAGUCACACAGAAAAAAAAAAGCAAUCUCCUGGAGAAGUGAAAAAAGGGCCCAUCCUGGACAACCCAUUCACAUUCACCCUAAUUAUGUACCUAUCAAAAAUAGCGAACAGAAUGAACCACAUGGUGCCCUACGUAAGUUAUUUUCUUUUUAGAAAGUUGUGGAAAACGAUCAACAGUCUGUUCAGCGAAGAGGAAAAUCUCUGUACCAGUGAAGAGGCAGCCAUGACUAUUCUCCGUGCGUACUUUCACAGCACAACAUUGUUAAGCAAUCAAAAUGAGUUCCUGAAAAAUUUGCACAUUAUUUCAAUUAAAUUUUUGCUCAUGAUACCACAAACGGAAUUGAUGAAGAGGAGACAUCUAACCUAUUUCGCUCUCAAAAGUUUGCUAUUUUUUAUUAAAAAAAAAAACAUUCAUGUGUUGCCAUUUGGGGAAGACCUAUCAGGGAGAACAAACACAUUCCAACAACGGGUCAGCAGCUUCCACUUUGCUUACUUCUCCUUCGUGUCCACUGUCCGAGAGUACGAAUUGGUAGACUGGCUAAACUGUCUGCCGCUCUGUCGUGGUGAUAGUCCUGCCCUCUUCAUGUUUGUGAAAAUUCUGUACCAGUUUUUUAAGGCAGCCAAUGGGGAUAAUUACCUGAACGGGUCAGGUGAAAAACGGGGAUCCAUUUCGCAACACCUUCCUAAUCACUGCAAAGAGGAAAACGCAGGUGAAGUGAGCACACCGGGCAGCCAUCCCAACCACUCCCAAAUGAACUUCUUACCCGUCUUGAGUCGAGCGCACCAUGACCCGUUUAUUCAAAACUUUGUGUGCACCAUGAGGGAUAGUCUCCCCGUAGAGAUGCUUAACCCGGACGACUGCCCCAAAGGGGAGCACAAGUUUACACCCGAUUAUGCAAUGGGGGGAGAGGAGCACCUGCCGCUGGGAACAGGAGGAAACGAAUUGUCCAGUCCUUCUCAUAAGGAAAUUUCCUUCCAACGCGAGGAAAAAAAAAGAUCCAGCUGCGAAAAUGACGUGGAUAGAGAAAACAAGGGGCAAUUCUGUUUCACCAUAACGUUGAGCGAUAGUGACAGAAGUGUCGACAGCGACGCCGAGGAAGAACACUUCGCACAGGAGAGCAUGCCCAACGUGGCAAAUAUGGAAGGACCCAAUCGAAAGCAAAGGAUGGACCUCUUUUUUGAAAAGUUUGUCCAGCUGGCGAAGGAGAGCGAACAAGCCAGCGACAUUAACGUGAAGAAUCUGGACAUAACGCUGAAGAUAAGGGGAAGGGGCACACCCAAGGGGGAACAACAUCAUCAGCAAGAGCAACAGCAGGAACAACAGUUGAAGGAGGAUCCCGAGGCGGAACAAGAGAUCCACCCAGGGAACGAGCGUGCUGACCACGUGAAGGAAGAACCAGCGAAAAGGCACCAUCCCAGAAGAGAAAGUAACGCCCCACCGAAGAGGGAGGACGGAACGUUACUCAACAGUAGGCAGCCCACCACCCCCUACUUUGAAGAUGAAGGGGAGGAUGACUCAGGAAAAAGCUCACUAAGCGAUGCCAUUAGCGAAAUAAGUAACGACCAACAUAGUCUACCCAAGAAGAAAACCAUGAAGGAUUCAUUAUACACACCAGUUAAAACAGACAAACGAGGGAAGCUUAGAAAAGAAAAAAUCUUUCUCUACUGCUACAAGUGGCUAAUGAAAAAUAAAAUAAAACUCCACAGCUUUGUGUGCAGGGAUAAAUUAAAGUACCUCACCUCGGAAGAACAUAGCAUUGACAGUGUAUCGACCAAACUGUGCAUUUUAAAAACGCUGACCAUUCUUGGCAAGUAUAUUGUGUGCGAUGAAGACGUGCGGGACUUUCUCAAUCUGUUUAAUUCUUUCUUCCAUUUUUGUAUGAACAAUAAGGAGGACGCCAAUGUGGAUACCUCUGCAGAGGGGGUGGAGAACAGUCCAACAAUCGGGGAGACAUAUCACACGAGCAAGAAUGUCUACGACGUUGGUAGGGGUGCCCACAUGGGGAGAAGUAAGUACACGCAUAGUGGGACUCACCUGGACCGUGCUGAUAGGCUACACACAGUCAGGGGGAUAGGAGAAACCAUUGCAUCAUCAGACGUGGAACCGCGCGACGAGACAAAUUUUGACCUCUUCUUAACCGAUCUGCUGCAGAACAGGUUGAACGAUCCAUCCGCGGGAAGUAACAACGACCCUUCCUAUCAGCAAAGCGGUGCCUUCAAAAGUGCCAUGCAGACGUGCCUGCUUAGUAUUACCGCCAAUUUAGGGAACCACACAAAUGAGCACCUCCUGAACUGCCUUUUCCAGUCCUUCUGCAGCAACGAGUUUGUUCCAUUUUUUCACCUCCUCUUUGCCCUCCGUGCGGAAAAAAUUGUGCACAUUUUGAAGGACCCCUUUUUUUAUUUGCUGAUAGAUGGUCAGGAGUUGGAAGGGGAUUAUUCCCCCCGUGGGAAAGGAAACGACGAAUAUGGCAUGUCGUCCAACCAACUAACAGAGGAGGAGAAAAAAAAGACUUCCCUCGACACACUCGUUAGCCGUGCUAAGGGUGAUGGCCGCGUUUAUUUUCUUAAGACAAGUAAAUUUCUUCAAACCUUCAACAUUUGCCAGCGUGAGGAUGACCACCCAGCUAGCUAUCACAACAUGAGACACCUCUUUCAUUUAUCCCUCGUCAGUUACGGGAAGGGAGAGGAAGUAUCGACGGCCCUACGAAAGAAGGUAAAUUUAGUAGGUGAUGGCAACCAACUGUGGGGAAAGGAAAAAGCAGCUGCACGGGGGUACUCCGGAGAUGGCAGUAACAGAAACAGUGUAGAUGGUAGCGGCGAUAGCAGCAAUAACAGCGAUAGCUGCGAUGGCAACCGUAGUAGUGACACCCCCCCAUCCACGUACGCCUCAUCAGACGGCCAACCCAGCUCGGCGGAUUGCGACCAGCAGUCCGAUUGCAGCUCCAUUUCGUCCAUGUCGAACAAGUCCCUGCGAAGGAAAGUGCAAAACAUUUACAAAAAGUUACAAUACCAAGAAAGAGUACCAUCGGAAGAAAAUGUCCAAGUAGCCAAUUUAAAAAAAAAUGAAAGUUCCCUUUUUUACCUGUACAGGUCAGGUAAAUAUUGCAUGUGUGCAGGAUUCUACAAACAUGGCUAUGCUAUCUUUGGAAAGUUGUUUGUCUUGGCAAACAGUGGAGAUAUAAGGCUGUGGUUCAGAGCGCUAUCGAAUUAUUGUAACUUUUUUUGUCAAAAGAGGAACAAGUUGUAUGGAGAUUGGAAAACUUUUUUAAGUCCGAUAAAGUAUUUACUGAUCUCUGAGCAGUGCAUGAAGGAGGUACGCAUUUUCCAGGAAAAUUUUUUUCUUUAUGGCUUUUUUGUGAAGGUACAAAUGAACAUGUACCGAGCUGUAGAAGAUCUGCUAACUCUGGUCGGUGACAUUCGGGAUGAAAUAAAUUUCACGCUCACUUAUUUUGUGUGCAACAUAGAAAGGAUUAUCACUUCUCUGGUGGAAACUACACUGGGGAUUCUAACCCUUGCCGGCAUCAGGCAUUUGUUCGCGGGGCUGUCCAAAAGGGUCCUAUUUCUUUAUGUGGUUUUCCUCAAAUCCACGUUCGUGCUAUGCUCCUUCUUGCGGCACAAGGUGAUCCCCUUUUUGUUCCUCAGUCCGUCCUGCGUGGUCAGAGCACCCCCCGUGGAUAGCGGUGAAGACAGCAACGGAAGUAGUAGUGGAGGGAGGAGCGAUGAAGGGUGCGUCGAACGGAGAGGCAAACGCAUCGGGGGACACCGAGCCGUGUUCAACAUAGGCAGCUGCACACUACACGACCUGGUGCACUUUUACCUAAACAAGAGGAAGAUAAAAAGAAUGAGAAAAAACAUUUUCGCGAAAGAGGUGACAAACACACAAGGGAAGAAUUUUCCAGACGUCUUCGACUACGUAAUGACCCUAUGGAAAGUUGCAGCUUCCAAGUUUUUUUUUUAUGAACAUGUUCAGAAAAUAAAGGAGCUUUAUAAUCAGUUCUUUAAAGACGGGAUGGUGAAUAAAAAAAAAGUUUUGGCUUUCAUGAAGGUGUAUUUGGAGGUUGUCUACCGGAUGGAUUUGCCAACUCCUCCUCGUGUAUUCUCAUCGGUGGCAGUUCCCUAUGUUGCCAGUUCGACCUACGUGUACAGAUCGAUCAAAGGAAGGGCACCCUGUGAAGUGGAGUCCCUCAAGUGCGUGGGCCAGCUGGUCUCCCGGAAGGUGGCCGCUGUGCGAGAUUUCCACUCCUGUAACGUAAAGCUAGUUUUAAAAAAUAAAGUCAUCAGAGAGGCCAACGUGAGAAGCCAAGGAAUGAAUGUCACCUACACUGCCCACAUAAAAAUGGGGGAAGAUGAGUGGAAGGAUUUCACCAUUUUUUUAACUCCUCUGGAUAGGAAAAAAAGAUUGCUUGGUCAGGCAAAAGCGACCGUUUUUUACUUUAAAUAUGUGUAA